AUGGCGUUGAGUGACCAAUCAUCCACGUACCACAUUGGGUUCAAGCAGGGGACCAUCAAGCUGUUUGAGCUACGGAACGUCUCGACAUGUCUGCAGUACCUCCUCCCGACGCUGAAGUCGUUGCCGCUCACCUUCUCCCUCCUGGACGUCGGCUGCGGCCCAGGUAGCAUCACCCUCGACCUGGCGCGGCACUUCCCCCAUGCCACAAUCAUUGGCGUCGACCAGAGCGCCGAGGUGACGGAGCGCAACCAAGCCAGCGUCAAGGCCCUCGGCCCAGGCACACGCGUGGAGUUCCGCCAGGGCGACAUACUCCGCCCCGAGACGUUUCUCACGCCCGCCGAGAUGGAGGCCAAGUUCGACGUCGUCCAUGAACACACCACGCUCAUCUGCAUCCCCGAGAACGCCCCCGUGCUGAGGCAGAUGCGGCUGCUCGCGAAGCCCAAGGGCGGCAUUGUGGCGUGUCGCGACGGCGAUACGCAGUCGCAGGUGCUGUGGCCGCCGUGUCCGGAGAACGCGGAGUUGCAGGAGCGCAUUUACAGGAUGAACGGGCUGGAGACGCAGACGGGGCGUCGGCUGAUCCACAAGGCGCUAGAAGCCGGGUUCCGAAGGGAUCAGAUCACGGCGUCGGCAAGCGUGCUGUCGAAUAUCACGCCCGAGGAGAGGUUCGCGUAUGCAGGGUCCAUGCUGGAUAUUCUUGCUGACGAGAAUUCUGAGUAUCGUCGGGCGGCGGCCAAGUUUGGGUACACGGCGGAGCAGAUUGAUGUGCUCCGAGCGAAUAUGCAGCGGUUCAUUGACGCCGAGGAUGCUUGGAGACUCACCCUCCUCUUCAACACCAACAAGCUGGCGUGCAACGAGAUGGCGCCCAUAUCACGUCUGUUUGCACCAGGUCUCGCCGUCGCCCUGUAUGCCAUCGGCGUCCACGCCGAUGGGACCGGCCUCAUCGGCUGGGGCAAGACUCUCUACGACCCAACGUGUUCUUUCGCUUGCCGCAAUGUCAUCAGAAAGCAAACUCUCGCCUGCACGCCCGUCGACUCGAGCGCGAACCACGGUACAGCCCACAAUCCAGUGUCGACGCCGCCGAAAUGCUUCGUCUCGGAUCACGUCUUUCUGCUCACUAUGGCGCUCUGCAUCGACACCUACUGCCCGCUGAGCGAAAAUCCGCCGAUUGCCAAGCUGGAAGACUAUUGGGCAUCCCAUCUCGGGACCGGUACACUGGGGAACUACAAAUACACUCCUACCAUGUCAUACCAGGAGGCUCUGGCUGCUGCGCGCGAGGAAGAAUCAAAGGCUGCUCAAAACACCAACUCUUCGUCUUCAGGCUCCGACAGUGGAGGACACACCAACCACCGCAGAGCUCCUCCAGUACGACUUGCGGUCCGCCAUGGAGACAUGGCAAUGGACUCGGCCGACGGCCUGACAGUUUUCAAUGUCUCCAGCCCCCUUCCCAAGGCAGCAGGCGGUUCCAAGCCUCUCAAUACCACCAGCUUCGUCGGUCCCACUGAGUGGCAGCUUCAGUGGAACUACAUGCACGACUUUGAGACAAACGAGGCAGGCCACUCGACGGUCACUAUCGUCAUCACUCUGGUCGCCGUCCUCCUCCCCGUCGCCCUCUCGGCGCUCCGCUUCAUCCCAGGUUUCACAAAGAACUUUGCCUGGAUAUACUGGCAGACUUUGCUGAUUCAUCCCGCCGCCUUCGGUCGCCGUCAUCGCGAGCCUGUCGCCGGGAUCGGCAACAUUCCCACUCGCGGUCAAGCCAUGUACAUCUUCGUACUCAGCUUUCUCAACAUCAUCCUCUGGCUCGGCCCAUACACCAUUCACCAGCCACAGGCCAGCUUCACAUCUCUGAAGAUGCAGAGCAUCAGCAUCAUCGGCAAUCGCGCCGGUGUAAUGGCCAUGGGCAACUUUGUAGCGCUGUUUCUAUUCGCCGCCCGCAACAAUGUCCUGCUUUAUCUGACAGACUGGAGCUACAGCACUUACUUACUGCUUCACCGCUGGCUAGCCUACUGGGCCAUCUUCCACACCAUCGUCCACUCCUUCAUGCUCCUCGCCAACUACAUCCUUCAAGGCACCUACGAGGCCGAGAUUGCCCGCGAGUACUGGAUCUGGGGCAUCGUCGGGACCGUCGCGGUGAGCGCCAUCCUGCCCUUCUCGCUGCUGUGGGUGCGCCAGCGCUUCUACGAGUUCUUCCUCGCUUCUCACGUCAUUUUGUCGAUCCUCUUCAUCUUCGGGUAUUACUACCAUAUCUGGUACGUCUACGAGUACAACUGGGGCUACGAGAUCUGGAUCUUCGUCGCUGGCGGGGUCUGGGGCGCCGACCGGCUCUUCCGUCUUGUUCGCACUUUCUGGCAGGGCCUCAGAUGGGCCACCAUUACCACGGUUGAUGAUGUCGAUGGUGAAUACAUCCGAAUCGAGGUGGAGGGGAAACGCCUCGAUGGCGGGGUGGUUUACCUCGGAUUUCCGACCCUCAGCUGGCGUUUCUGGGAGACACAUCCGUUUUCUGUCGCAUAUUCCGGACUGAAUGACGCCAUUACUGAGUCGAGGACUCCAGAAUCUCCAGUUUCGACUCCGGUCAGGGAUGACAAGACGGAGCCCGAAUCACCAACUGUUGAAGCUGACCCCGAAAAGGGCAUCAACGCCCAACCAAACACAGUCACCACACCCGCACGAGGGAGCACAGAUACCACAGUCUUUUAUUCUCGCUCUCGCAGCGGUAUGACGCGUGCCCUCGCUGCCAAGGCAUCCCCUUCCACUCGCAUUCGAGUCCUUCUCGAGGGCCCCUACGAACAUUCAGGCCACGUCUCGGCACAAAUCGCCCACUGCACCGAUAUGAUCUGCAUCGCCGGCGGCGUCGGAAUUACUGCGUGCCUUCCCUUUGUCCGCAACCGCCCUGCUGCGGGUAGCACGUCGCUCUUCUGGUCCAGUCGCCACCAAGGCCUUAUCACGGCUCUAGCACCAGCCCUUCACAGCCUCCCAAGCAGUGUCAAGGUUCAAACGAACGUCGGGGAGAGACUGAAGUUAGAUGCCAUCCUCACGAGGGAGAUGACUGCUGUCUCUGGUGGUGCGCUGGCUGUUGUUGUCUGUGGCCCGCCCAGUAUGGCGGAUGAUGUCCGCAGUAAGAUUGUUGAAAUCACGAGGAACGACGCAAGGAGCAGGCCCUAUGUUUUGGUGGACGAAGCGUUUGUUUGGUAG